AUGAGCCUCAACGACCUCAUCAGCCCUUCCGACCUGGCUGCUGCACUCAGAGACUGCCAAGCUCCAGAUAGUUUCAACCACAAAAAAUUCUUUCAGCUCACCGGUAUGGCCAAAAAGAGCAGCAGCCAAGUGAAGGAUAUCUUCCGGUUCCUGGAUAAUGACCAGAGUGGCUUCAUAGAGGAAGAUGAACUCAAAUUUUUCCUCCAGAGGUUUGAAAGUGGAGCCCGAGUUUUAACACCGACAGAAACCAAAUCGUUGAUGGCAGCAGCAGACCAUGAUGGAGAUGGAAAAAUCGGGGCAGACGAAUUCGUGGAAAUGGUACACUCCUAAGUUGCUGUAAACCAUCAUGCGGUGUGGACUAGAUGAUCCGUUUAUAGCAGAUGCCGUCUCCAAGGCUUGUAAUCCCAGGAAUCCUUUGUUAAUGUUGUUUUACUCUUGAUUGCGUGUUACUCAUUCAUAGGUUUACACUAGUUAAUAAAUGUGUUUUCGUGCUAGUGUAGACCUUGGUCAUCAUCGCAGAAGUCCCUAUGUUGAAAAAUAGAUAUGUACACCUACACACUAUGUUUCUUUCUCCUAUUCUUCUUCUUGAUUUUUCCGGGUGGGGAGCUUGUGUGGCCCUCCAGUAGUUCACAAACGACAGCUCUC